AUGGUCUCCCUCUACAACGUCUCCAUUCCCAUGAUGAUCAAGUACUUGGGCAACCUCAAAGUCAUUCUCAAAAUGGCCGAGAAACACUGUAUUGCUAAGAACAUUAACCCUGAAGAGAUGAUCAAGUUUAGACUCAUCGAAGACAUGCGCAGCCUUGACUACCAAGUCCAAUCCGUCUCUAAUACGGCAAAAUUCCUCGCCACUCGCCUCGCCCUGCACGAAGACACCUACUUCCCCGACACCGAGACCACCUUCCCUCAGCUCGAAGCCCGCGUUGACGCCACGAUAUCCAUCCUGUCCGAAAUCGACCCCUCUUCCUUGGACGGCAAGGAAGAUGUGGAGGUUCUUAUGGAUACCAAGUCCCUCGGCACCUAUCGCUUCACGGGCUACUCGUACGUCGUCCAGUACGCCUGCCCUAAUUUCCACUUCCACCUCGGCUCCGCGUACUGUAUCCUGCGCCAUUUGGGAGUGCCGCUCACAGCGUUUGAUUACCUCGACACCCAACGCGAUCUUUUUGUCAAGAUUGAAGCUCCUGUUUCGUCUGCUUCUUGA